AUGGAGCCUAGAAGGGUGGCAGAUUUUCCACCAGCUCUGCAAAGAGCUGAUUCUAUGCGUGAAAGUGCAUAUGGUUCCAUGACCAAAUCCAAUGCUGGUGAUGCCAGCAUUGGCCAACCCAAUCUGUACCAGAUUGGUGUUUCCAAUGUACCUCUAGGGCCUGUUGAUCCCCCAGGUGCAUUGGAUGGUUAUAAAUCGCUAGCUGAGCUUAACACACUCAGCGAGCAUGAAUUGCGCGAGUACAGCGCAAUGGUCAAGCAAAGGGCUGAGGAAGCCCAGAAAAGGGUUGACACGACCUGGCAAAAGUUAAGGGACAUGUUCCAUGCCCUUACUGCUAGCCAGGGCAGCCUAGUCAGCCAUCUAAUGAUGGCCUAUAGAGGGGGGGCCAUUUGGCCUUCAAAUGGGCCUAAAAGGGGGUAUUUACUAGUGGAUGUCCUGGACAUCCUGGUGAAGACUGAUCCAUUCACCAGGACAUCCCCAGGAUGUCCUAGGAUGUCCUGGGAUGUCCUGGGAUGA